GCGCGUUCUGUAUAAGGGGCUGCGAGGGAGGUGUGGGGAGGCAGUGCAGAACGGCGGGGUGCCACUGCUUGUAAACCUCAACAAUGGAGGUUGAUGAUGUGGAGAAGAGUGAGGAGGUAACCAGAACAGUAUUAUGUCUCUUGACAAACCCAGAAGGGACUCCUUUGAGAGCUCCUAUGCAUCUCCCACAAAACGCGGGUCCGCUUCAACUUCAACAGAUUGUCAAUACGCUUCUUGAGAAUGAGGAGAAAUUACCAUACAGCUUCUACAUAUCAGAUGAGGAGCUUAGUGUGCCCCUUGGAACUUACUUGGAGAAAAACAAAGUUUCGGUGGAGAAGGUAGUGUCUAUAGUUUAUCAACCUCAAGCCAUUUUUCGGAUUCGUCCUGUACAUCGUUGUUCAGCAACUAUUUCUGGUCAUGCAGAAGCAGUGUUGACUGUUGCCUUUAGUCCUGAUGGGCGACAGUUGGCAAGCGGCUCAGGUGAUGCCACUGUUCGUCUUUGGGACCUUAACACUCAGACCCCAUUGUUCACCUGCACAGGACACAAGAAUUGGGUCCUCUGUAUUGCAUGGUCGCCAGAUGGUAAGCAUCUUGUAAGUGGCAGCAAAGCUGGGGAACUUCAGUGUUGGGACCCACAAACUGGAAAGGCGUCUGGCAAUCCACUGAUUGGCCACAAGAAAUGGAUUACUGGCAUAUCUUGGGAACCUGUACACCUGAACGCUCCUUGCCGUCGGUUCGUGAGUGCCAGCAAGGAUGGGGAUGCUCGUAUUUGGGAUAUCACUUUGAGGAGAAGUGUUAUAUGUCUCAGUGGCCAUACACUUGCAAUAACAUGUGUGAAAUGGGGCGGAGAUGGUGUGAUAUAUACUGGCUCCCAGGAUUGUACUAUCAAAGUUUGGGAAACAACGCAAGGGAAGCUCAUUCGUGAACUGAAGGGGCAUGGUCAUUGGGUUAAUUCUCUGGCACUUAGCACUGAAUAUGUUCUUCGCACUGGAGCUUUUGACCAUACUGGAAAACAAUAUUCAUCUCCUGAGGAAAUGAAGAAGGUUGCUCUAGAAAGGUACAACAAAAUGAGAGGUGAUGGCCCUGAAAGAUUGGUUUCUGGAUCUGAUGAUUUUACCAUGUUCCUCUGGGAACCAUCUGUCAGCAAGCACCCUAAAACUCGCAUGACAGGUCACCAGCAGCUUGUAAACCAUGUCUACUUUUCACCUGAUGGACAAUGGGUGGCAAGUGCCUCUUUCGAUAAAUCUGUUAAAUUAUGGAAUGGCAUUACUGGGAAAUUUGUUGCUGCAUUUCGUGGCCAUGUUGGGCCCGUCUAUCAGAUCAGCUGGUCUGCAGACAGUAGACUCCUAUUAAGUGGCAGCAAAGACUCCACACUCAAGGUCUGGGAUAUUAGGACUCGAAAAUUGAAGCAAGACCUUCCAGGCCAUGCAGAUGAAGUUUACUCUGUUGAUUGGAGUCCAGAUGGAGAGAAGGUAGCUUCUGGUGGUAAGGAUAAAGUUUUGAAGUUGUGGAUGGGCUAGCCUUUGACAACGAGCAUCCAGAACGAUACGAGGUCUUCGGUUGAUAUUUGGCAGAUUUCAUGGAACUGUAGAAUUUUGACAGUGGGGGGUGGCGCAACCAUUGAUCAGAGCACUACUUAAAGAAGCUAAUAGCCAUAUGCUCUUCUUGUAUAAUUAAUAGGUUAGAUACCACAAUUCUGGCUUCAAUAUUUGUUUGUCCAUCGCUAGCCCUCGUGGUUAGUGAUUAAUUUUGGAGGUUACCGAGUGAAAGUAAAAUUAAAGUCAAUGAACUACAUGAUAAGCAAUCAUGUAUUGCAAGCCAUAUGAACAGAAUGACUUUUGUUGUUCAAGGCUAUUUUGAAAACUAAAACGAUAGCAAUCCACUUUCCUUUUCUUUUCUUA